CGGAAACUGAACUGCCAGAGGCUUUAAGGAUUUCAGCAUGAGUACAACAGGAAAGCCCAAAGUGUACCAAGGUGUCAGGGUAAAGAUCACUGUUAAGGAGUUGCUGCAGCAGAGAAGGGCACGGCAAGCAGCAACCGGCGCGGCGGUUUCCUGGGGCAGCAACAGCAUCCAGUUUGCAGAGUCUGUGUCUCCUCCUCACCCAGCACCUUUUGAUGCAGAACCCAUCUCUUCAGCUCCCAACUAUUGCCCGUCAAGGCAGUUCUCAAACUGCCUCUCCUGUGAGGAGAGCCCCGGCCACCUGGAGCAGCUGGUGGACUCCUACCUGCAGGCGGAGGCAGCCUUUGAG